AGCAUGUGUUCCUCUUCCAUGUUUGCUUCUUUUCAUAUACAUAUUAUCUUUCACAUUCAAUCCAUCAUUGUCUGCCUAACCGUUUUCCCAACUAUGUUGGGGUAGGGUUCCAGUCUAACCGGAUGCAGCUGAAUUCCAGUGUUUCACACUCAAUCAAUUAUACCGUAGUAAAAAGGCGGGAGAAUUUAAUAACACCAUGAACCUGUACAAACCUUAAAUAAUAAUUUUAUCUCAUUUGUAUUAUCCAGUAGCCAUAUUACGAUUUCAUAUAAAGUAUCCUUGAUAAAAUCACAAUAUAAAGAAGAGAAUAUAUCUAAACUGUGGUAAAAUGUUCAUAGAGGUUCAUUGAUUCCGAAAUAAAUAUUAUUUAUGUUUCUAUAGCAACCUACACGGUGUAAAGCGAUAUACGAUAUUUUUAACUUUUUGUUAUCCUUUUUUGUUCUUAUUCGCUUUUGCUUGCUUCGAUACAAUGUCCGUCGUUGAAAUAAUCCAUCACGAUGAAGUCAUUUAUACAAUUUUGGACAAACCGCCACCAGAACCACCUAAAACUCCCAGAUACGAAUCAAAACUAGAAAAGGAAUUGAAAGAAGCAAAGAGGCCACAACUCCGUCGCACAUUUGGUUACGCGGAAACACCUCUCAAACCGCCAACUCAGUUCCUGAAAAAAGGUGAAGGAAUUGGUCAGCCUAUUAAAGAAACUGAUCAUAAGUGUUAUGUGUCUGGCAAUCUACCACCAGUACCAAAACGUCCGCCUCCGGGAAAGAAACAGGAAAAGCCCACAACUAACUUCAGACUUAUUAAUAUUAAGAAAGCUACAAAGACAAAAGGGAAGCCUGUGGAACCAAGGCUUGUAGAUACUAGGGAUGGCCAUAUAAAGAAGAUCAAAGGUUCUGGAGAGGUUCCCGAAUACUGUCUUAGACCAGACUUUGGUCAGAUGCCAGCUUACCUCACAAAGAGAAAUAGAAGAAUCCAGAAAGCUAUAGAAAAAAUGAAGUACGCUGAGGACAAUAAGGAAAGCUUGUGCAAGCUUAUCAGUGCUGAAGAUCGCCAAAAACUCCUUGACGAUCUGAAGCACAAUUGGUCGUUAAUGCAGAAGGCCUUCCUUCAACUGCCAAUGCUUACGGAUACAAUACCGAAAAUACUCCGCAAGACAAAGUUAGAAGCAGAACUCAGGCAGCUAGAAAAAGAUAUAGCUUUGGUCGAAAGCAAUCCUUACAUCUACAUUUACGAAUAAAAUAGUUGGGGUCUUUAGACUCUCCGCAAUUCGUAAUAUGUGUAGUGGAAUAAGGUUUCGUGGAUGGUAGGGUACAACUUUUAUCGGAUCCAUUUUAGAUUUUCAUAGUUACUUAUUUGUGUUACAACUUACAAGUGAGCAAAGUGUCAAACAGAGCAAAGUUUUUGAAUCCCUCGACACGUUCAAGAUUCUCAUUUAAAAUCACUCGCUACGCUAAUGAUACAAACAUAGAGUCCUUGGUUUGCUCGCGACCCCAUUAUUUCUCUUCCACGCUCGGGACUCGAUAACUUUGCUCACUUUAACACAAAUAACUAUUUAUGGAUAAAAUAAUAAAUAUGGAAUCCUGUGUGGAGUUGACUGUUGAUUCAUAAAGCAAAAUGCUACGGGAAUUUUAUAUGGAGUUUAAAUCAAACCUAUCUUAAUUAUCUUAGAUAUAUAGCUGAGUGGAGAUGUGUUGUCCUUACUUCUCUGCCUUACGGUACGUAAAUAGAUAACAUUAGGUAAUUUAUUAACUUUAUCUCGGUAACCUUAAUUAGGAAGUAAAAUUCUCGUAGAUAAGGCGUGAAUGUGGCUUUUAAAGGAUUGAACACUGUGAGUAUAAAAAUUGGCGCAAAAUUGUUUCUAAUCAAACUUUACUUAAUAUCUAUUUAAACUUUACUUAAUAAAUUGGUGUGAAUCAA